CAAAAUCCUCCAAUCCUAAAGAUCGUCCAACUUCUGUAGAGACCAUGGGUGUACAGUGGUCUCACGGGACCACAAGAGCAGAAUGAAACAGAAAAGUGGCCACUCGUCAGUCUCAGUAAUGUACAGAGCAGCGGAUGCAGCAACUCGUCUUGCUGCUUCCUCAAUUAUCAGAGCCUCCCCUUCAAGGGAACAGCUUUGGAGUGGGAUCCCAUGGGUCAGGAAUUAUGGGGCGAAAGAUAUCAAAUUUGGGGUCGGUGUUCGUGCUGCGAUGUUGCAGGGAGUGGAAGAGCUCGCAGAUGUGGUGAAAGUGACCAUGGGUCCAAAGGGACGCAAUGUGAUCAUUGAGCAAAGCCGUGGUGCUCCAAAGGUGACAAAGGAUGGGGUGACGGUUGGAAAAAGCAUUGAGUUCGAGGACAAAGCUAAGAAUGUUGGUGCGAACCUCGUGAAGCAGGUCGCCAAGGCCACCAAUGCCGCUGCUGGAGAUGGUGAGUAUGUUGACAUGGUGAAAGCUGGAAUUAUCGACCCACUCAAAGUUGUUCGAACUGCCCUAGUCGAUGCUGCCAGUGUGUCCCUGCUGCUAACAACAACUGAGGCAGCUGUGACCGAUCCAGAGAUAAAAAGUGGCCCACGGCUAAAAGGAGUACCUGAAAUGGAUGACAUGGACUUGUAAGGGUCUGUUUCGAAAUCGACUUGUAUCGAUAGUGUUCUCUACCGAAAAUUAAAAGUUUUUGGAAUCUGAUGUGCAUCAUCCGUCAGCUUGCUCAGGCAUUGAGGUGGCAUAAUGUGUAUGGGUUUCCAUUAGGAUGGUUCCUAGCCAUAUAUUUUGUGUUGACAGUUUGAGUCCUAUGUUUACCUAUGAGAGUGGAAUAAACAUUCAUAUAUUUUUUUUUGGGUUUGAAGGCCAUCUUUUGGUUUAAGUGAACCAAUUGGAAUAAUGUUCCCCAUUUCAUCCUUGAGGAUUGAGGAUUGGCAUAGGCCGAGCUCAAUUUUUUAUGAUAAAUGGCAAGUUCUGACAAAUCAGGCUUGGGCUUGAUCGAUUAGUUGUUAAUGAUUGUGACACUACAUCCAAGUUUGCUUUUUGUUGAACCACCCCAAAAGAAUGAUGACAAAUUUUGACAGUUAUUAUUGAAGAUGUUUGAAACCUCGAAGGAUAAAGAUGUAAUAUUUGGAUAGUUCUUUUUA